UGACCGUGGCCAAUACAACAGCGGACGGGAGCAACGGCCCGUUUCCCCGAACUCGCGGGUGCACAUAUACAACGCUGUGAUAGUGUCGAGCUGCGCAGCUCUCAUGCGGUUACCCUUUCAUCUUGAAUGGAACACAUAACUCUUUCUGUCUGCGUGCGAAAUGAUGAAAACAUGACGAUCCAGUCAUUGUCGUCUUGCUGCGAGCCUCAUUUCACCUUCAAACAUUAUAGACGUCGGCCCAAAGCGCUUCCAAAAUCUCUCCAUCUAAACAAUCACAUUGAGCGAAAGAACGUGUCGCAUUCCACGAUGCAGCCAUUUAGCAUUGAGGAUAUUCAGGAGCACGCUUUCGGUGUGAGUUACGUCUGACAACAUCGCAACUGCGGGCGACAUUGAAUAAAAGACUCCGACCGGCGAUAUCGUCGUCUACAAGAGGGCGCCACCACAAACUAGUAUAUCUGGGAGUAAAAGGUGAACCUUCUUUGACGAUGACAGAAUGAUUUCAGCUUCAACCGGACCAUUUGGGUGUCGCGUAAAAUACGAUGAGAGGUAUACGGUGCGUAUAAUGAUGCCUAUAGAUGAUUGUCAAGGGACAAAGCCUGGAGCAAAAGUGCGCCCCUAUUAAAACAGGUGCGACAAGUCUGCGCUUGUCACGUUAUUAGACACGUCCCAUUCACGAUUUUAGUACCUUUCAUCUCCCUGCACUUUCGGUGGUAAACUGAUAUGAUAUCAGCUUUCCAGCGAACGAGACGGAAAGGAGACACUAUACUGUUACAAGAGCUAUAUCGCAACUAGCCGGAUCCUCUUUUGGGAGUGAGUUGCACCUUUUGCAGACCACAACAGACGUACGGCAACCCUCCGUGUAAAAGGACACGUCCAGCAACCAUGCUGUCUGCUUUGCUGACCUUCGCCUAUCUUUGCGCCCCUGCGUCGACGUCUCCAGAAUCCCCGAGCCUGGUGGAAGCCAACAACCGUCUUGGCAUCAAUAUCCUGAGGCGGCUCAGUCUGCGCAUGAACAACGUAGUUCUGUCCCCAGUCAGCGUCUCCGCAGCGAUCGCAUUGGUCUACCUUGGGGCAAAAGGGGUGAGCGAAGAGGAACUGGCGGAGGUUCUCGGCAUCAAGAUGGCGCACUUUGACGGCAAACGUUCCGUCGAGAAAGGCUUCGCGCCGCUUCUGGACCACUUCAGACAUCUGGAGAAGGAGGUCAACUUCCACAUCGCCAACGCCUUCCUCGUCCAGAAAGAGUUCCCCGUUCUUGAAGAAUACAAGGAGUACCUCACCGCCUUCGGUGUGCUGUAUAAGGAAGUUAUUUUCGCUGCAUCUGAGGCAACCCAGAUCAACGAAUGGUUUGCCAACCAAACGAGAGGCUUUAUAACCAAUGUCACACCGGAGAUACACAUGAACACCGUUAUGGCCGUGAUAAACGCCGUAUAUUUCAAAGGAGAUUGGCAGAAGCCUUUCGUCGUGGGGCAGACAAAGAAGGGUUACUUCCGCAAUCUUCCCCCACCACAGGUGCUCGUAGAUAUGAUGACGCAGGUAAACACAUUCCGCGUCAGCAGUAGCAAGGAACUCGACGCCGAGCUCCUCGAACUGCCCUACGAGAGCCCCGAGUUUAGUAUGGUGGUUAUUCUUCCAAAUGCACCCAACGGAUAUGCAUCGCUUCUCGACAAACUGGACGCUGUGAUGUUACAGAGAGCCAUAGACGAUCUAGACCGUGCAGCGCCGACUCAGGUUAACGUGACCCUUCCCAGGUUCAGGAUGGUGUCACAAGUCAGUUUGGUCGACAUGCUGAGGGGGCUCGGUAUCCAGUCUAUCUUCGAAAUUGAUAAAGCGAACCUUACGGGAAUUAGCGACGUCUCCGGAUUGAUCGUUUCCGAUAUCAUGCACAAGGCUGUGAUAGAAGUGGACGAAAAAGGUAGCGAGUCUGCUGGGACAGGGGCGUUAGGUAUUACUUUUCGUGCCGGCAUACAUACGUUUGUUGUCGACCACCCUUUCUUGUUUUUCGUUCGCUACAAGCCAGCAGAUGACCUGAUUUUGUUCAUGGGCGUUAUUAGCAGUCUGUGAACGAAAUAAAAGCGCAAGCCGUGACGCA